AUGGGAAAAUUUAGAUCUAAACUGAAAGGAAAAACGAAGGGUAAAAGAUGGCAAAAAGGACAGUCAUCAAAUUCAAAUCCCAAGAUACAAAAAUACAGAGAAAUGGCUAAAUCCCGGUUCUUCCAAGAGAAUCUCGGAAGCACUGGCUUGACACAACAGGCUGUACUAAAACAUGAUGCUAUGAUGACUUAUGGUCACAGUACAGGCAAGCAGAAAUCCGAAUCAGAGAAUGAGCUAGCUAUAGCUAAGGACUUUGAAUCUAUGUCAAUGAGGAGUGGUGACGAGGGUUCAGAGACAGAAUACACAGGGUCUAUGAAGUCUGGUACAUUUAGGACAUUUCAGACAUUUGCAUCUGACUGGAGUCAAUGUUCAAAUGUUAGUUUCAGCAAGUUGCUAAAUAGGUUUGAUUCAAAUAAUGCAAUCCACAAAGACAUGCUGGCUGUCCUAGCUGCUGUCACUGAGGUUAUAAAAGAACAAGGUGGCAAGGAGACCUCCACUGAAUACUUUGCUGCAUUGAUCCAGACACUCAAAGCAUCAGAAGAUGAAACCAGUCUUGUAGCAACAUUAUCUUUACUCUCAAUGGGUAUAAAGUCUGUACCGCAAGCAGUACUGAGGAAACAAUUCUCGGAUUCAGCGACAAUAUUCAUAGAAUUACUAGAGAAGAAUGCACAGAGUGACAAUGGUACAUUACUGCGGAGUAUAAUUGGGUGUCUUUCUGUGUUGCUGCGAGCACAGGAGUAUGCGUUGUGGGGGGAUUCCUCUACUAUGAAAGUGUUUGAUUCUGUCCUAGCGUUUGUACUGCAUGCUAAACCAAAGGUACGAAAAUCAGCGCAGCAUGCUAUCACAGCUAUUUUACGAGGCAGUUGUUUUAUGUUGCCUACAGAUGAAGACAAAGCCAAGGUUCCUAAGUUACAUCCAGCAAGUAACCGAGUUGCGGAGUACUGUCUAUCCCAGAUUAAACCGGAGGCUUUACUGUCUGGACAUAGAUCGGUACUGCAUAUAUUGACCAUGCUCAGAGAUGUGCUAUCUGUUUUUAGUAAGGAUUAUAUUAAGACGAUCUGUGAGUCCAUUCUGUCUCUAAUGUCUCACAAUAAUAUAUACAUAAAGACGUGUUGUCUACACACGCUGCACGCGCUCUUCGUGUCCGAGGGCAACUUGAGCGGUGCGCUGGCUUCGCAGCUGGCCCGCGCGCUACUGGCUUCGCGCCCACCAGCUAAUGAUACUGGACAGAGUCUUGCAUGGACAGCUGUAAUACAGCAGGCGCUCUGCUGUCUUGCUAGGUUAGAUUUGAAAUUGUGCGUACCGAACCUGCCCGCUUUCGUCACCGUGUGCGUCACCGAGCUGUGGCACUCUGACGUCACCGAUGUUAACGCAGCAUCCACUAACGCACUAAAGGCUUUGCUUUUGGAUUGUGUGAAACCCGCUGUUGAAUCUGAGGAUUUCGUAAAAUAUAAAACCCAUAUAGAUACAAUAUUGAAGACCAUCGGAACAGGACUAGAUAAUCCAUUCAAUCAGGCUCUCAGACAUGUUAUUUUGACAUUGGCUGUAUGCUUCGAAAUAGGUAAUAACAAACUAACAUACAUACUUGGACCGUUAUUAAAGAAACUUAACGAUAUAAAAGAAAGCCAUAACUUCAACCAUCACAAAGAAGUGGAAUAUGCCACGGGAAGUGCCAUCAAAGCCCUAGGUCCAGAAUUCGUGCUAACUUACAUCCCACUUAGAGACGGAACGGAUAUUAACUUAGAAAGAAGCUGGCUAUUACCUGUGCUUAGAGAAAAAAUCAUAAAUUCCAAUUUGAAAUACUUCGCUACAGAAAUUUUAGAUAUGGCAACAUUUUGUAGGAAAAAAUCUCGAGAAUACAAACAGAAUAAUGAUAACACAAAAGCGCAUACUUAUGAAUUAUUGUGUAACCAAUUUUGGUCUUUGUUGCCAAGUUUUUGUAAUAACCCUAAAGAUGUUAAAGAUAGUUUUAAAUCUAUCGCUCGUGUUUUGGGCAAUGUUUUAAAAGAUAAUCCGGAAUUUCGUUUAUCUGUGAUGCAAGCUAUAAGGAAAUUAAUAAUGUGCUCUGAAGAUGAAGACCAAAAGGAAUUGGGCAGAUUUGCUAAAAACUAUCUACCUAUAUUGUUGAAUAUUUAUAUGACUCCAGCUAAAGGGGAAGGGGAAGGACAUAGGUUAGCAGCGUUGGAGACUAUCCAGAUAUAUUUAACAAUAACGGACCAGAAUGUUCGAGAAGAAUUAUAUAAGAACGCAAUAACGCAACUAGAAGCUUCCAUAGACAAUCAUUUCCAAAGAGAAUCUAUAUUAGAUGUCAUCCGUUUAUUAAUUUUAUACCAAACGAGCGAAGAAAUCGCUGUUUUAUUUGACAAAUGGGUAUUCCCAUUAGCCGAAACUGUAAUAGAAGAUCCAAAGAAGUUUAAAAAAGCGAAAAAAGAGAAAAUGGAAGAAGAUAGAGAAGUUAAACCGUUGAAAUAUAAGGAAAAAGUGAGAUUACUGGAAAUGGAACAUAAAAAAGCUUAUAGGAUUUUAGAGGAGAUAUUUAAAAGUGAGAAUGAAUCUUGUAAGGAAUUUGUUAAGAGUAAUUAUAAGAAGUUAAAGAAAAUGUUAAUGAAUUCGUUGAAUAAAGUCGCUGAUAGCAGUAAAGCUGCCAGAUUGAGGUGUAUAGAGCAUUUAAUUAACAGCAGCCACUUUUUGAACAGCGAAAGCAAGUUAAUAAAGAGUGCUGUAGCGGAAAGUGUUAUUUGCACUAAAGAUAUCAACUCUAAAUGCAGACAAUGUGCUUUUAACGUUAUUAAUACUGUUGGGAACUUGCUGAAGACACAGGAUGGAGGAAUGGCAUCCUUCCUGGAGAUGGUGUCAUCAGGUCUGUCAGCGACGCUACCCCGCGUGGUGUGCGCCACGCUGCGCGCCCUCGCCUCCGUACUCUUCAGCUUCUCCGAGGACUUGGGCCUGGAGACGGUGCAGCGUCUACUGGAUACUGUCGCACAGAAGAUGCUGGAAAAUAACAGAGAAGUGGUAGCUGGUGGUAUGAGUUUCCUUAAAAAGAAGGGCAAACCUGACCCCUACGCCUACCUGCCCCUCUCCAGGAACAACUUGAAUAAAAGGAAAAAAGCUAUAACGUCGAAACAAUUUAAAGGCAUCGUGAAAUCCAAGACUAAAAACUUGAAACUGAAGUCAAAAAGGAAAUGA